AUGAGUGCUAGAAGUGAUGAAAAAAGUAUUUGGCAGCCAGAGAGUUUUCACAAAUCAAUUGGACCAAUUUUAGCAAUAAGCCAGUCAUUUGGAUUACUUCCAGUUUCUGGAGUGUGCACAGACAAUUCAAAUAAAUUGUCAUUUAGAAUUGUUGGAGCAAUUUUAGGAUGUGUUUUUUAUGGAAGUAUAUUUACUGAGUAUUUAAUUUUUUUUUAUCUACCAACAAAAUGGAUUAAGCUACAACAAGAAUGGCAAUUGAUGGAAAUUCAAUUGAACAAGUUUAAUAAUAACUGUCCAAAACUUCGAUGGAAAUUUAAUACAAUAACAAUUGUCAUGAUAUUACUGUCAACUAUCGAACAUAUUCGUAGAAUUGUUGAAAUAAUGGCAAUGAAAGAAGAUCCAAAAUUUUUUGUCAAUAUGGCCGAAGAAAUUUUUUUAUUUGUCAUAAAUAUUUAUACAUCAUACAUAUGGAAUUUCACUGAUCUUUUCAUCAUGCUGGUGUCAACUGGUUUAGCUGAAAGAUAUAAAUUUUUAAAUAAUAUUGUGAUCAAUACAACCAUCUGGAAUAAUCAUGAAAAUUAUUGGGAUCAACUUAGAAUUUGUUAUGGAAAAUUAAGUAAACUUGUUAAAAAUACUGAUCAAGUUAUUUCACCUUUGAUAUUUAUAUCUUGUACACAUUAUUUUUUUCUAAUUUGUCUUCAAUUACUACUUUGGAUUUCACGAGAUGACACUGUGACAUUUGCAGCAGUAUUUCCAUUUUUUUCAUUUGGAUUUAUGGUUUUUAGCACCAAUGCUGUUAUGUUUUCAGCAUCAAGGAUAAAUGAUCAUAGUAAAAAAAUUUUACCAACUGUUUACGAGUGUCCAUCUGUUGAAUAUACAAAUGAGGCAAAACGAUUGCAAGAUCAAAUGACCAGUGAUGACAUUACACUUACUGGUCUUAAUUUUUUUUCAAUAACAAGAAAUUUUAUGCUCGCUGUCGCGGGAACAAUGGUAACAUAUGAAAUUGUUUUACUACAAUUUUCAGAUCCAAAAAAAGGUGUUUAUUAA